AUGCUGUUGAUGGAGAAGCAAAAUUCGACGGACGUCACUCACUUUCCCAGCAACUUUUACGACGAUGCGGAGCUGGAGCGAUGCUAUAGCCCUUAUGGAUGUUUCUCGAAGGCUUAUCCGUGGACAGAGAACAGGCCUGAUAACUACUUUCCCGUCACACCGGAGACUCUAGGAGUGCGGUAUGCAGCUUUCACGCGACGAAAUAGAAAAAUACCAUUAUUGUUACAAGCACAUGAUACAGAGAAAAUACGUAAUGCAAACAUCGACCCAAGGGGGCCUUUUUAUUUGAUCACGCAUGGGUUUUUGGAAGGAGGCCAUAAAAUAUGGAUACAAAAUAUGGCUGACGCACUUUUAAAUUUAGAAGGCAACGAAGGGGCAACGGUUUUAAUAGCGGACUGGAGGAAGGGAUCACAACCCCCUUACGGCCAAGCUGUGGCUAAUAUUAGACUUGUUGGAUCCAUGACUGCGCACCUUAUUCAUAAUUUGUUUGAUGUGUUAAGGUUACCGAAUUUAGAUAAUUUUCAUUUUAUCGGACACUCAUUGGGUGCCCAUUUAGCGGGCUAUUGCGGUCAUGCUUUGCAAAAGAGGUUUAAUCUCAAGUUGGGCAGAAUAACGGGUCUGGAUCCUGCAGCGCCAUAUUUUAGUAAUACCGUCUCGUUGGUACGAUUGGAUCGAUCCGACGCUAACUAUGUUGACGUAAUACACAGUAAUGCUAUGCCGCUAUAUUUUUCAGGUUUUGGUAUAUCUGAAUCGAUCGGUCAUGUAGACUUCUAUCCCAAUGGAGGAUCUACUCAACCCGGUUGCAAGAACGACGGCUCACAGGGUCAAAUAGGCAACAACGAUAUGUACAUCAAUGUGUUGAAGUUCGUCAGCUGCAACCACGAGAGAAGUUACGAGCUGUUCAUUGAAAGUAUCGCGCCUUCGUGCCCAUUUAUGGCAGUGCAAUGUGAAUCUUAUGAGGGAUUUUUAUCUGGCAAUUGCACGACGUGCGAUAGUAAACAUUACUGCAUCCCAAUGGGCUAUCACUCGUACAAGAUAUACAAGAGAUUGCAAGCGGCAGGCCUGCUCGAUACAAAUUCUCAUAUAUCGCUGUAUUCUAUGACGGGAGGCUCGAAACCAUUUUGCACGGUCCACUAUAAAAUUACACUUAAAGUGUCAAACUCCACUGAAAGCAGAGUCCAUGGACCUGACGUUGGAAGGAUUUCAGUCGUUCUGGUUGAUAGAAACAACAGCAAGAGCGACCAGAAAUUUAUCGACAAUGAACAGAAGUACUACAAACCAGGUGAUCAAGAAACAAAAAUGGUGCCUUUCAAAGACACAGGCUUACCACCUUUAUCAGUCAUUGUGGAAUGGAAAUAUGAGACUAACUUAUUUAAUCCCAUAACCUGGAGGUUAUUGAAAUCACCUAGCAUUUACAUAGAAUACUUAAAAAUUUCUUCCAUUGAAUAUAACACUGACAUCACCGUGUGUCCGAAGUUGAGGAAACCUGUCAUCUCUAAUCUACCAACAGUUAUGAAGACAAAAUAUUGCGGUCUUAAAAAAUAG